AUGGCGCCGAAGUAUGCAUUUACAUUAUCUGAUUCUGAGUCUGAAGCAGAAGUCGAGAUGCCCAGCGCUCCCUCAGACCAGGCACUAGAGAGCGGUCUCCGCGAGACAGUAGCUGCGAUAUUCAAGUCGGGCAAUAUGGAGGAAUUGACUGUGAAACGCGUGCGACUUGCGGCGGAAGUCAAACUAGGUCUUGCUGAGGGGUAUUUCAAGUCUACGGGUGUCUGGAAAAUGCGGAGUGAGGAGAUUAUCAAGGAUGAGGUGGUAAGUGUUCUUUCAGAUGGAUGGAGCUUCACGGUGGGAAAGAUUCUGAUUGAGAUGGUACAGGGGCUACAAGACCAGGCAGACCAGAAUCCGCAGUCCUCGCCCGCACAAAAAUCGCCCUCUCCUCCCCCAAAACCUAAGUCGGCUGCCAUUCCAAAGCGAUCAAAGCCCGCAAGCGCGCCAAAGCCCAGGAAGCGUCAGAAGCCUGAACCGCCGGUCGUCGAUGAAGAUGAUGAGCCAUCAGUCGCGUCCGGGGAUGAAAGCGACGAGGUUACCAAGCCUAAGAAACGAUCAAAAGCACCAGUCGAUAAGGUACCCAUUAAGAAGACAAAGGGCGACAUAUCAGAUGCUUCUGAUAUUUACUCCGGCGACGAAAGUGAGGAGGUCACUAAGCCUAAACAACGGUCAAAGACACCAAUUAAGAAGGCAACCGUCAAGAAAACAAAGGAGGACGUAUCAGACGCUUCUGAUGUCUCCGAUAAAGGUUCGGAUGAAGUCAAACCAACCGAAAAUACAGUGGAGGAGUCCGAAAGCGAGAUGUCGGUGGUGCUUGACGAAGAGCCGCAGCCUAAAGCCCCACGCAAGCGACAAAAGAGUGCCGGAGCAGCUGCCCCCAAGACGAAAAAAGCCUCCAAAGCCAAGGCCGAGGAUGUCACUCCGGACCAGGCCGAAAUCAAACGACUGCAAGGAUGGCUGAUUAAGUGUGGAAUCCGUAAGCUGUGGGGUAAGGAGCUGGCUCCGUAUGAUACCCCAAAGGCCAAGAUUAAGCACUUGAAAAGGAUGCUCGAGGAUGCUGGAAUGACCGGCCGGCCAUCUCAAGAGAAGGCAAAUCAGAUUCGCGAAGAACGAGAGUUGAAAGCGGAUCUAGAGCAGAUCCAGCAAGGUGCAAAGCAAUGGGGUGCAAAUAGCGACGAGGAUGAUGAUGCUGGGAAGCCUCGACGCCGGCUGGCUCGCGGGCGACAGUCGCUUGCAUUUUUAGAGAGCGAUGGGGAAGAGACCGAUUGA